GUGGUGUCAGGGGGCGGGGCCGGGGCGAACGCCAGGCUGCUCUGUAGCGGCCUGGAGUUGCCGCUUUGCGCUGCUCGGCUUGGCUCGGCUUAGCUCGGCUUAGCUCGGCUCCGCCCCGCCCUCCUGCUGCCGUGCCGAGUUUCUACCAGGAUCUCAGGCAGGGCUGUGCUGUCAGCGAAAACAGCGAGAAAAUGAUUGACUUCCACAGAUCCAUCCCAGAACCAACCAAUGGCACUUGUUAGGAUGCACUGCUGAGCCCCACGAGACUGAGGCAACCCUCCCUUCUCUCUCCACCUAUUUGAGUGGAUGGCCCCAGUCCUUGAGCAGAGAUGGCAUUAGGUAGCAGGAAUGGCAAAAGCAGAGAAAGUGCUGGCAUUGGAUGGCAUCAAGUCUGCUCAUCUCCCAUAGACAUGCUCUGGUGUGCCCUACUGCUUGCCAGCCAACUGUGGGUGGCUCAGGGAGUACCAGACACUAACUUCAGCAUGGCCCCAGACUCCAAGACCCCACUCUCAAGCAGCAGGUAUCUGAGCAUUGGGGAAGACUCAGUCAUGGAGUUUGAAUUCCCAGAGAAAAGCAAAGGGAUCAUUGUGGUCUCCAGUCGUUACCCGGGCCAGAACAACAGGACAGCAUUUGGGCCUGUGCUGAGUGUCACCUCUCUAGACACAGAGGUGCUGAGCAUUGAGAAUGUGACUGCCCAGGGCUGGGAUAAUAGCCACUUUGUCGUGAACAUCAAAUCUGGCCUGGCAGGGCUGGCACCACUGCACAUUCGGCUACUCGAUCUCCAGAAGGUCCCCCCUUUGUUGAUUGAGGAGCGACAAGAUUUUCUCAUCAAAGUAUCUCCUGUGGAAGAUGAUGCUGCUUCCCGCCAGGGCGGACUGGGCCACUUCUCAGAGAGCCCAGUGCUCUACAUGCUACUUCCAUUUGUGUUUGUCAACAAGUGUGCAUUUGGCUGUAAGGUGGAGCUGGAGGGCUUGAAAGGGCUGGUAAAGAGUCCCCACCCUGUGCUGCUGGGCAUUGUGGGCCAGUUCCUACUUAUGCCCCUCUAUGGUUUUUUGAUGGCCAAGGUAUUCACUCUGCCCAAGGCCUUGGCCCUGGGACUCAUCAUCACCUGUUCCACGCCUGGUGGGGGAGGAAGCUACCUUUUUAGCCUGCUCCUUGGUGGAGAUGUGACUCUGGCCAUCUCCAUGACCCUGAUCUCCACAGUGGCAGCCACUGGCUUCAUGCCUCUGUCCUCAGCUAUCUAUGGCCGCCUCCUCAGUGUCCAUGAGACACUGCACAUUCCUUUCUCUAAGAUCCUUCUGACCUUGCUCUUCAUUGCCAUCCCCAUCUCAGCUGGCAUGGUUAUCAAGUAUAAAAUGCCCAGGGUCUCCAGGGUCCUGCUCAAGGUCAUCAAGCCUUUCAGUAUCGUCCUUAUUCUAGGGGGGCUCUUCCUGGCCUGCCGAAUGGGGGCCUUCAUCCUGGCUGAUGUCAGGCCCCCAAUUGUGCUUGCAGGGCUCACAGUGCCCCUGGCCGGCCUCCUGGUGGGCCAUGCUCUGGCAGCCUGCCUCAAGCUCUCCAUACCUCAUCAGCGGACAGUCAGCUUUGAGGUGGGCGUACAGAACAGCCUGCUAGCCCUUGCCGUGCUUCAGCUGUCAUUCCGUCACCUGCAGGCUGACCAGGCCUCCCAAGCUCCUUUCAUUGUGGCCCUCAGCAGCACUUCGGAGAUGCUGGCCCUUGUCAUUGGUCACUUAGCCUACAAUAGCCUCUACUCUGUCACCUAAGGCUUCUCCCUUCCUCUUCCUGCCCUUAUCAGGAGUUAGCAGAUACCAAAGGCCUUCAGUCUCUAUGCACUAUGCACCCAAAAUCUGGGCUUAUUUUUUUUACCAGUGUUUUUAUACUCCUGCCAGCUGUGGCCUUCAGUGCCAAGGGAGAGGGGCAGGCAGGUGGGGAGAAGGGUUCCAACCAGGCAAACAUAUUUGAAUAAAGAAAGAGAAGAAAGUUGUGAGUGAU